CAGUGAGCUUUCUUAAAGGACCUGUAUAGCUUAAUUCCAUCCAAAUGGUCAACAAGAAGGAUCUUCUCCUGCUGUUCGAUCACCCUACCGAGCCGGUGUUCAUGGACAAAGGCGGCAAUGGAACCGUUUUCGAAAUGCCAGACUCCUUCCUGACCGAACGCUACAGCCGGGUCAGCAAAAAUGUCCAAACGCGGGUCAGCGGUGAGGGUAAGCCAAAGAUCUUUGUGAAGGACAUCACAAUUCCGGAUCUCAGCUUUCCCGAGUCCCUGAAACGGAACCAAUCGUUCUCGCUGUUCGUGAAAUCGCACCGCCAAAUGGCCGGCUACCUGAUCGAAGUCUUUACCAAAUUGCCAUCCGUGGAUGACCUGCUAAGUGUGGCCGUGUACGCCAGGGAUCGCGUUCACCCGGUACUCUUCCACUACGCCCUUUCGGUGGCCCUGCUCCAUCGACCGGACACUCAGGGACUGGAUUUGCCCUCCUUCUGGCAGGCAUUUCCCGGUCGCUUCGUCGACUCGGCGGUGAUGCAAGAACUACGCGAGGAAUCGUUCGUGGUGCAGAGUCCCGGUGAUCGUAGACCCAUGGUCAUCCCCACCAAGUACACCUCUUCCGAUUUGGACCCUGAGCAACGCAUGUGGUACUUCCGCGAGGAUAUUGGCGUCAACCUGCACCACUGGCACUGGCACCUUGUCUACCCCACCGAGACUUCCCCCGGCGCCGACCGUAGGAUCGUUGAAAAGGAUCGUCGCGGCGAACUGUUCUACUAUAUGCACCAGCAGUUGAUUGUCCGUUACAAUGCGGAACGAUUGAGUAACUACAUGGCCUCGGUGCAGCCGUUGAAUAAUCUGGAUGAGACCAUUGCCGAGGGCUACUUCCCAAAAAUGGACUCGCUGGUGGCCAGUCGUGCGUAUCCUCCUCGCUCCGACAACACCAGGCUUAGCGAUGUCAACCGACCUACGGAACGGUUAAGAGUGGGAAUUGACGAAAUGAAGCGCUGGCGCGAGCGAAUCUAUCAGGCAAUCCAUCAAAGAUUUGUUAUUGACACAAAUAAUAAAAGGAUUCCCUUAGAUGAAGUAAAUGGCAUCGACAUCCUGGGAAACAUGAUUGAAGCCAACGCUCUGUCCCCCAACCAAAUGCUGUACGGUAACUUUCAUAACAUGGGACACGUCCUGAUCGCGUUCUCCCACGAUCCGACCAACAAGCAUCUGGAGCCUGCGGGCGUGAUGGGCUAUGUAUCCACCUCCAUGCGGGAUCCAGUCUUCUACAAGUGGCACGCCUUAAUAGAUGACAUUUUCCAGGAGCACAAGAAAAUUCUGCCCGCGUAUAAGGCGGAAGACCUGAGUUUUCGGGACAUAGAUGUCAGCAGCAUUCAAGUGGAGAGCAGAGGUCAAAAAAACAGACUGACCACAUAUUUUAAGGAGUCCGAUUUGGAUUUGUCCCGCGGCAUGGACUUCCAGCCCCGCGGCAAUGUCUACGCUCGAUUCACCCACCUGCAGCACCACCCAUUCCAGUACAACAUCGUUGUGAACAACUUCAGUGGUGUCCAACGAUAUGGCUAUGUGCGCAUCUUCAUGGCGCCCAAGUUUGAUGAUACUGGUUUACCCAUGGUAUUCGCGAACCAGCGUCUAAUGAUGAUGGAGCUGGACAAGUUUGUGGUUAUGCUGCCACCCGGACAGAAUACCUUUACUCGCAACUCAACCGAUUCGAGUGUGACUAUUCCGUUUGAGCGCACUUUCCGUAAUCUGGAUAGUAACCGCGGAGCAAGGAAUUCUCCUGAGGAGCAGGAGAACUACUUCUGCGGCUGCGGCUGGCCCAACCAUAUGCUGGUGCCCAUGGGCAGAGCUGAGGGCAUGAGCUUCGAUCUGUUCGUCAUGGUUUCCAACUAUGAAAAUGAUAGGGUUGAUCAGCCACGUAUGGAUGGCUGCAGCGAUGCCGCUUCUUACUGCGGAAUCCGCGAUCGUCUCUAUCCGGAUCGCAAGGCCAUGGGCUAUCCCUUCGAUCGCGUGCCCCGUGCGACUGCCACCACCCUGAAUCAAUUCCUCACGAGUAACAUGCAAACUGUGGAGAUUACUAUCACACAUGACAGCACCAUCGAUCGACUCCCGGCAUUGACGAAUUAA